GGCUUGCGUGCAUGCUCCGCAUGGUAGAUUGGUCGGGUAGGUCUUGGCACUGUCGUUCCGCGUUGCAUUCUUCAGUACGGUCUACGCUAAUCGCGCGAUAAGACACGCGGUCGACUGUCGUACGCAUGGCCAGGCGCCAAAAGAAGCACUAGUGCACACGUUGUCUGUGGUCGCGUUGGCAGCGCGGAAUUCGACCUUUCAGUAUGCUGAGGGACGACACCCGAAAUACCGGCUAAAAUCGAGGAAGCUGGGCAGUGCAUUUCUUCCGGGGGGAGAUGGUAAACUGUAGGUUAGUUUACCACGAUCCCGUACAGUCUGUCGUGUUCGUCAAUUCAAGCCGAGCGGUUCUUGGAGUCAUUAAGAAGAUGAGGAAGAUGUGGGAAAAAUGUGUAUAAACAAGUGUUGAUUGUUAUUUUCGGCUUGGUGUUGCCACUUUUUGUCACUAUAUACGAAAGUGACUGCGGCGGAAAACGACCCCUCAACCGCCGUUCCUCAAGAGACGUGGAAGAUCAAUGGGUUGUUUUACGAAUGCCAUUGUUUUAGGUGUGGGUGCCAACAGUCAGAGGGGAAAAUACCCUCUUAGUUGAAAGUGAAGGUGAUUUGAUAAAUUAAGUGAUUAACCCCUGAGGAAACCUUGCGGCAAGGAAUGUGUGAGCCAAUCUGUAUUCCACCGGUAGCGCCUGUUCAAAAACAGGAUUAAAAGCAGUUUAUCAAAGUUUUAUCGAAAGAAAGAAAAAACUGUGAACCACAUUGGAAGAGAAUAGAUUUCCCGAAGGGUUUCAUCAUUGGUGACAAGUUUCGAAUCCGUGUGUUUUAGUGUGAAAUAACAAUCUAUUUUUACCCGUGGAAGAUCACGAAAAAAGUGAUAGGCCAGUGUAUGUGUGUGCGCGCAUGAAGUGAAUUUCAAACAGCCCAGAAAAAGACGAAGAAGCGCAAAUAUAAUUAUAAUUAAUAUAACAUAUAGGAAAGAUCCGAGGGAGGAGCAGCAAUAUUCCAUCACAGUGCAAAGAAAACACCAUCAAAUUCGAGAGCAGCGGCUGCCAACAACAUUCGGGACAUCGUUUCUUCCCGAGCAAGAGAAAAAAAAGCGAUUCUACUGUUUAACCAGCAAACAAUCGGAUCCUUGUCCUUUUGUAAAGGCCAGCUCGAUUAUGCAGUUUCACGUAGGGCAGUGAAGGAAAAAAAUUGCUACCCGAUUGUAACUCGCUACACUGUGAUUUUCUUUUUCACUACUAAUUAUUGACAGUGUUCAGUGUUCGAAGCAAGGAGAGUGGGAGGAAGUGUUUCGUAGUCGGUUACUUCCGCAGCUGUGCAUCUCAUCCGUUGGUGACGACGGUGAACGACGAACUUUCCUAAGCGUACGGAAUCCGUAAAGACCAAAGAAGUUUGUAAGAAUGCAAAGCGCGUCACUGAUGUUUCCUAUGGCUGUAUAUUCAGAGUAGAAUUGAACGAGAAGAAAAAGCUCUGAUAUAACGAAGUUAAAGUUUCCUCUGUACAAUAGGAAAAAGUUUCCCCCGAGUUGCAGUUUGCUAAGUUCAAAAAUCUCGAAGUGAAAAAAGUUGAAGUAAAGAAAACUCGCUCAUAAUUAGGUAAGGCUAAAAAUUAUGCAAAUGGGUCAUUUUAUGUAGCUGUGUUUCUACUAAUUAAGAAGUGUAUUAAAAGUGUAGGUGGUAAAUUUCCAACCUUAAAAUAAUUAAAGCAUCACAGAACCGAAAAAAUAAAACAAGAAAUCCUCACUCGUGACGAUUUGAAAGAGAAAGUUAGCAUCUCAGUGAAAUAGUUUUUUGUUCGCCAGGUACGUCGUCACACCAGUUAAUUACUUUUCUUGACUUCUCCACUGGCCCACCGACCCGGACUGCAGGUGUCAUUGUGACCGGGAGACAUUGAACCCGAUAUCGGAUAAAUUGACGAACAACUUCGUCGUUGUCGAUUUCAACAGCCAGCAAGAAAAAAGGUGACAUGACAUGAAAUGAUGUCACAUCUCGAAGUACGAUUUGCUGUUGAAAUAAAUAAGAGUACAAGCAUGCCAGCCAGCCAAUACUGGUGACAAGUGCAAUCAAUAUUCGAGCAACUAAGAUGCAGUUCCACUGCUGUGAUCCUGCAACGUCAGUAAGUCCGAACGUUGGAAGCAACAACAAACACCAGCAGACCUCGUCGUCGCAGUUGGGCAUCGUUAAUGAUCCACCCGAGUGUAGUGUGUCCGGAUUUCCCCUGCCAACCCGAUGGCACCGAAAUUGAAGGCACUGCUGCUAUAGGGGAACGUUAGCACCAGCAGCCAGGCAAGACAAAAAAAGAUAGAUGACGUCGCACCGUCGGUGUUGUCAUUCCUGAACGCUUGGUGCAUUCCGGCUCGAGAUUCUCCAGACGUGAUUAUAAUUUAUUGUCGCUUGUCGUCGAGUUGGCUUUGUGCGGAUAACUUAAGCUCUGUAUAGGAUAGAAGAAUUAAACUCGGAACUAUUGUUACUUGAUGAGGCUGGUUGUGGUCUCUGCCAUGCAGUUACGAAAUUAAGGUUAGGUAGAAACGAAAAUGAACUCUACAAACGGUGAUUAUAACUAUAGCAUUGCCAACGAUGAACAAUACUUCCUACACGGAUCGGUCAAUGCAAACAUCCCGAAUGGUUCACACAAUGGAACGGACUAUCAUGACUCACAGAGCUGCUAUUAUGCGAUGGAAUGGCCCACGGAAACUAGGGUAUUCGAGUUUUGGAUCAGCGGGGUCGUGAUGAAUAUCGUUGCCUUUUUGGGCAUUCUUGGCAACAUUCUGUCAAUGGUGAUCCUGUCGAGACCACAGAUGCGAUCCAGCAUUAACUAUUUGCUAAUAGGCCUAGCCCGUUGUGAUACCGUGGUGAUCCUAACGUCGAUGCUACUAUUCGGCAUACCAGCAAUCUUCCCGAAUACGGGAUAUUUAAUCUAUUAUUAUUAUGUGAUACAUCCGGUAAUCUCUCCGGUGGUUUAUCCGAUAGCCAUGACAGCUCAAACCGCAAGCGUCUACCUUACCCUGACGGUGACCCUCGAGCGAUACGUGGCCGUGUGUCACCCACUUCGGGCGCGGGCUCUCUGCACCUACGGACGAGCGCGGAUAUAUGUGAUAGCAAUUAUCCUGUUUUCUCUUCUGUACAAUAUGCCACGCUUCUGGGAGGUCUCCGUAUCGCCCUUCGACCAUCCGUAUAUAGAUGGAGCGUACUGUGUGAGUGCUUCUGCUCUACGAACGCACGAUCUGUACAUAAAAGUCUACGUCCACUGGAUGUACACAGUGUUUAUCUAUCUGCUUCCGUUCAGUUCGAUAUCAUUCUUCAACUCGAUGAUUUACCGGCAGGUUCGCAAAGCGAACCGCGAACGCCAACGACUGUCCCGUUCGGAAAAGCGUGAAAUCGGCCUAGCCACCAUGCUGAUCUGUGUAGUUAUAGUAUUUCUACUCUGCAACCUUCCCGCUAUGGUCAUCAACAUUAUGGAAGCCGUCUACUCGGACAUCAAUGAUUAUCUAGUCAAAACGUCCAACCUGCUGGUCACUAUCAACUCGUCGGUCAAUUUCAUCAUCUACGUUAUCUUCGGUGAGAAGUUCAAGCGGAUUUUUCUUUUGUUAUUUUGUAAGUCGCGUCUAGGCCGUGAAUCUCCCGACGGCUUCCUGCACGAGGACAGCUCGUUCUCGAAUGGGGAAGGCAGCAACCGGAACUCCGGUCGAUUCCAGCGGGCUGGUACGACCCGCACCAGUACGACCAAGAUCAGCAACAGUGCGUUCGGUAGCAUACGAACGACCCGGACGACGAUCCGCAGCACGCGGGCACCGUCGCCGGGACCGAUCGUGUACUACCCGGCGCGGGAUACGUUGCCCCGGGCGCAACCGCAACCAUCGCUACCGCGCAGUUCGUCGAUGUUUCAUCCCUGCUGGGAUCGAGAGCACGGUAAUGGUAUCAUGAUGGCCACGUCCGGCUUCUAGCCGGAGCUGCUCAAGAUUUCCUCGGACACAUUGGAGGAGGAACACAAGUUCUAGCUCGAGCUAGGUAGGGCAAUUUUCACUCUCUAGACACAUUUACUAGCUUUAAUCGUUGCCGAUAGAGACAUAUGGGACGAACGCGUUUCAAAGACCAAACGAUUACGAAGGUACCACCGUUUGCUAAGGAUCGAGAGAGCUUCUUUGAGCAGUUAGAAUUAAAUAUCAAUAAUUUCUCUUAUAAGUAAUUACAGGAUUUUUAGGUUCACCACAUUUGUACGUUAGUUUUAUUCAAUCACCUCUGAUACAGUGUAACGAUCCUUUUUUCCUUCGUAUCCAAUCUUAUCUAAUUGGCAACUUAUCGAUAUUGUUAUUUACUAUUCAUGUGUAGUGUAUGGAUUUAUAUGUUACACAAAACAAGCAUUUCUGAAUUUACAGUGGCAUUAAAAGCGAGAACAUAUCGUACCAUCCGCUCAUGAGUAACCGUUACAAGCAUCUUUCCUUAAAAAAGUUCGGUGAUACUCUGAACCACUUCAUCAAUUACUAAAAAUAAAUUGAGUGUUUCUGGGUAUGGCCACUAGGUCAUCAAAUCAUCAAGUCUUCUUCUAAGGAUGACCAACGAAUACAUAAAUUGAUGAAAAAUAUGCUUUCCUCGCACAACUUGAACUGAAAGUGACUAUUAACACAAUGCGGAACCGCCUGAUUUAUUGUAAAUGCCGUGCUCACGCUACCAGAAAAACUCCUUUUGCAUCGAAGAAAAAACACAAAAAACUGGUGUUCACUAAACGUUCGAGAUUAUUUUUCAGACUAAUUUUAUUCUUUGAUUUUAUUUUCCUUAUUUGGAAUAAUUAUCCAUCUACACCUCCGCUAAUUCGUUCACACGGCGUUUUUAUUUUAAUUCAACCAUCAUCGUUUUUAUUUUUCAACUAAAUUCCCAAUCUAAUAUUUUUGCAGUGCCUUUUUUUAAUUUAUUCUUGAAGUUUUAUCAUACAAGCACAGUGUACCUCGUUUAACCAUUUGAAGGCAUUUUCUUACAGCCAGGAUUAUCAGAUUCACUUUUGACACCGUAUUGCCACAUUCUUGAAAUAAUCCUCUGUUAGUACUGUCACCACCACUAUCAUUAGCUUUGGAUCGCAUAAUUCAAUGUAGUUUCCUUACAAUUCCAGUUUUAUUCAUUUUCGUUAAUUCUCAGCGCUGUAGAUACUUUUAAAUUCUUUCACCGUUAGCACCCUGAACAUUGCGCUUGCUUCGUUGUUUCUCUGCCUUUUUGUUGAGUCUGACUGCACCUGGACAAGUUACUCCUUUUCCGAAAUCAGAAAAAAGAAUUAUAAGUUUCCGUUAAACUCUACUAGAAAUUUGAGAAGUAAAUAUUGAAUUAAAUCCGUACAAAUACGUAUUUCGACAGCGACAUACAGUCAUCAUCAAUGCUUGUAAUUCUUUUUUCUGAUUUCUUAAAUCACUCUACUAAGACGCUCAAUAUAGCUAUUUCAAAUUUACUCCUUUUCCGACAAUUUUAAUGCGGAUGUUUGUUUUUAUUUUCUGGCUUUCUCAGUCAAUUUAAAAAGAAGUGCACCACAAUCUAGGUAAAUUUCCAAUUUACCUAGAUUGUAGUCGACUUUUUUUCAAUAAGACUGAGAAAGCCAAAAAAUGAAAAAAAAAACGCAUAACUAUUACCAGUCUUCAAAAAAACAACGCAUUCAAUUUUAAUUAUGACUCUUUCUAAUUUUUUUCCUUUUUUGCAUUUCUGACUGUUACUUAGAACCUUCAAUUGCAGUUUAUUUUAUUUAAGUCCAGACCAGAGGUUGUUUUUUUUAAGUCCAGACCAACAAUAAAAGAAUUUAAUGAAUUCCCAUCCAUUUUUUUAUUGUUUUCGAUUUACGUUCUCGCAGGGGUACUGUUUAUUAAGAUGUCAACGUUAACGUUCGGGCUCACAAGAUUCAGCUCAAUCGGAUUUCGCGAUGUGGAGCCUCAAAGCGGCUUAGUAUUUACUUUUUUGCCGAUUAACUAGACAGUUAGUAGUUCAUGUAAUUGUUGAAACCAAUUUUUUGACAGUGAGAAGUUUAUUGCUGCUCUUUUUUUGACUUACUCCGUCCUGCGGUCGUCGUUACCCUCACGGGAAACAAGGUGUCUAGUAUCAGCACUUUAUUCCUGCGAUGAAAUCUUGGGAAAACAUACCAUUCUAGACUAUACAAUGGAAGACUGCUUCGAAUGUCAGUCUGUCUGAGGAAAUGGAAUUUGCUGUGACUAUAGCUGGAUUUUUUCGAGAAGACGAAACUUUUAAGACCUGACGCUAAACGAAAUUUGAAAACUCGAUUCCGACUUCAUCAUUUACGUUGUUUUCUCCUAUUCUCUCUCUCUCUGUAAUAUUCUCUCGCACUCUCAAUCAAACCACACCACAACACAACCCGUAUUGAAAGUUAAUAAUGGAACGCGUCAAACAUGAUCAACGUUGCCAGUAUUCCAUAUAAAUCUAGAUUUUGCCAGAUUUUUAAUUGUUCACCAGACAAACAGAUGAACCUUAGCAUCUGCCAGAUAUUUGACAACAAGCCAGAUUUUUGCCAUAUUUUUUUCACGUCGUCUCGCAAAAAGGUCAUUAAAAUAAGAUGGGUCGUGACCGACCUCAGCCUACCUGCCCGUGGAGAGCAAACAAAAAGGCCAUUACUUCAAAUCUUAUUCGAAAAAAAUGACCGUUUGUCGCACGAAAUGUAUGCCAGAUUAUUUCCAGACCUUUUUUUUUGCGUAUUGCCACAUUUUAUUUAAAGUCUAGUGGAAACUUCAAACAUGAUAGUUACUGAGUUAGGCUACUCUCUCACACAGAAUACCCCCUCUAAUUAUGAAAUACUUUUAUGUUUCAUGUUAAAUAACUCAGUUAAACAAACUGUUUGAAGACAUGUAACAUUUUCGUUACAAAAUAUGCCAUGUCAACUAGCUUUGAACACAAAACAUCCUAUUUUUUCUAUGAGUGUAGAGUAGUGAGGGGCAAAAGUACGCACUUAAUCGUUUUUGCAACAGAACUAUUGCAAAUAAAUAUCAUAAAAUUCGGUUUUAUUUGCAAGCGGUACAUGAACCUCUUGUCUUUAGAAUGAAUUACCAGAGUUUUCGAAUUUUUUUUGCAGCGUGAGGAUUUCACUUUUUAGAAAAAAUACUCAAAUGCGAGCUUUUACCCAGCAUACGGGGCAAAAGUUCGCAGUUUACUGGGCAAAAGCUCGUACUGUAUGAACAGUGUAUUUAUUAGGCUAUCCCUAAUAAAGCUAAUUGUUUUCUGCUAGUUUUGCACUGAUUCUUUCUAGCUGCGUUAAAGCAGCGCCCCGAAACAAUUUUCUUAUUUCCGGAAACCCGGUUUUUUGGGGAUAUGUUCCGAAUCUUAGAAACUCUAUGAAUAUUUGAAAAUAAUCCAACAAUAAUUUGCUCAAAGGUCGUAAAAUUACUUCCACAGGCCGGGUUUUGGGUGUUUUGGUGAUAUGCCCCGAAAACGGACUUUCCGAAAUAGAUUCUACUGGGGCUUCUAAAGGCCAUAGAAACAAAUUAAUAAAAUUUAUUUUUGGAACUGGCAUGAUGCACAAAAACCCGAAAACGACUCCAGAUGCCAUAUUAGAUUCCAAAAUAGCGGCUUCCAGUUUCCGAAUGAUGCCAAAAAACCUGAUCCCAGACGUUAAGAUGGUGACUUCCGGUUUCCGGAACACAACCUAAAAUGGCAAAAUGGCUAACGCUACGAUCCUAUUAACUCUAACAGUCUCUCUCGAGCCGGCUUGUUUUUGCUAAAUUUUUGCUAAAAAAAAACAUGAUUAAAUUGAAGUGUCCGAUGUAGUUUUACAUCUAAAUGUUUUUGCAUUUUAAAACAAAAAUAUAAUAAUUGAAGAAGUAGCGAUGAUAGGUGCGAUCAACUGUUUUGCCGAGUGGGUAAGGAAUAGGGAAGGGUGACAAAGGCGUAGCCGGGGGCGACCUACUGAUACCUGAACAUAAUUUUAAGAAAAAUCGACAGUGCAUCAAUAAUAGGGUGCUUAUGAAAUGAAUAAGAGGAAUAAGAUUUUUGAAUUUCUUCCAGUAGUAAUAUUUUUAUAAAAAAAAAUUGACUUUUUACGGAUGGUGAUAGAAAAAAACCAAGACAGAUAAUUAAUUUUAAUGGAUUUCCCAUGAAAGGUAACUAUAGAAGCUUACAUGUAAAAACAAGUCAAUGCCCUUGCGAGUGGCCUUCCGGGAGUAUACCGGAACAUUCGCCAUGGUGGACGAAAAUAUGCGUGUAGGCAUAUAUUUGAGUUCUUUCUUCGUUUUAUUUAUCAAUUCCUCCUAAAUUUUCGUGAAAUAAUUGUUGGAGUAGGUCCUACGCUUCUGUUUUGCCCAGAAACUCUGGAUGGAACGCAGCUGGGUGACGUUGGGUGGGUCGAUUUUCAGCCGCUCCAUCUUCUCCAACGAUUGCUUUGAGUUAUGGGCCGACACCAGAUCCGAACAGAGCACCGCGUCUUCGCCCUUAUGGUAUUUCUUGAUGAACGACACAAUUUCCGGCAGGCACUCCGUACUAUACAUUUCCCCGUUCACGGCCAGUCCGGAGCUUCACACUGAUUGUCAACUAAAGCAGUACCUUCUUUGGCAACUUGUAUGAAAUCAACUUCACCUCAAAGCUCACUUCUUUCAUGGGGGAAGUAAAAUACGAAGUGCCCUGCCAGCCGUUGCCAGCCAGGGUGAGAUAGGUCUCGGCGUAGACCACCACGUCGCGAUUCGCUGGAGAAAUCCACUUAAUCAUCUUAUGAUUAAGAGAUACCGGAACAAGAAUAACCGGCGUCCCUCUUCCGUACGAUGUCCGUUUUCGACGCGGCGGGGUAAUGUUCUUUGAGCGCACACACUUCUGAACGGAGUAGCUUUACUGUUCUCGGCAUCACGGUUAAAGUUCGAGUCAAUUUUUUUCUGCUGACUCAUGGGUUACUAUGGUUGAUUCUGCAUGGGUAGUUUCGUCAGUGCGUGUAAAAGUAAACCCAUACAAAAUCGGCACAACAUUUUUAACCAACAAAAAAUGCUCUUGAAGUUUUCGAAAUCGAAAUUUUUUGAUAGCAAAUCUCUUAGAAAUGCAUGAAAUGUCGAGAUUUGAAUCUAUUUCAUAAAAAAUGUAUAAAAAAAAUAACAUUCAAGGACAUGGAAACUUCUGCGCUGGGAGACUCGAGCUACACCAGAACACACAAAAGACAUUCCCAGCUGGAACAUUUCCAUCGAUCAAUAAACUGAAACUUUGACCGCUUUGAGGCUCUACUUUCUGAAGUCCGAUUGAGCUCAAAUUUGGCAUAGGGAAUUUUUACGAGAAAACAAAACUUUAAAACUCUAUCGUAAAUGAAAUUCGAAAAGUUGAUUUCCAUUGAAACCCAAAUCAACUAUCAAAAAAAGGUGAAAAUAAAAAUUAUUCAGGUUUGUGCAAAAUACAAAAUAUAUUAAAUCUAAGACUAAAAAUUGUUAACAAGUGGUAACUAUAUUAUUUUUUAUCUAGGAGCCAACAUUUAAAAACAUUUGAUCGUUUAGAAAAAUACUGUUAUAUGAAGAAGAAGAAUUUGAGAUUAAGAAGGGAGACUUUUAUAAAAGUAUUUAGCAAGUUUGAAAAUUUUAACUAUUAAAUAUGUUCAAGUGGAUUUCAAAAUAAACGCUGAUAUUGGUUACUUUUUUAAUAUUAUUUUCAUUUUGCGGCUACUGCUUUGAUAAGCUGGAUAUGAAUAUAGAAUCGCCACGUAAUUGAACCGAUUCUAAACAAUUGCAGUUUUUAAAUAGUUUUUGAUUCGACACAAAUCAGAAGAACAAUUCUUUCGUUACAACAAGCCUGGUAUUGAUUAAUCAGAGAAAACAAAUAACAUCUAGAAAGUAAAAAAAUAAUCCUUUUCCCUAAGAAACUUUACAACUGUGCAUAAAUCUGUAACCUCUCGCCAAAUAUGACUAGAAAAAGAUACCUGAUUUACAGUUUUUCCAUACAUUUUGCCCACGACACUUUUACAACGAUUAGUGCUGCCAUCUGAUGACUUAAUUGCGCAUAAGACUGGUUAUUAGCAAAAUCGAUUUAUUGUGCUUAAUCCACUAGAUGAAAAUGAAAACUAGAUGACAGCACCAUAUAAGGAUAUUGAAAAUUAGAUGGCCGCACCGUGCAAGGACAUUGAAAAUUAAAUGGUAAGACCAUACAAGGAUAUUGAAGAAAUUGCUUCACCUUUUGCCACCUUGCCAUCAUCAUCAAAUUACCAGUAUACAAAUUAGUUAAACUUUCGUUCACGCAGCGACAAUCAUGUUCGCUGCAUACUGCGAGAGUCAGGUAUCUUGUUCUAGACAUCUUUGCUGUAAGUACCCACAGGGAUAUUUUCCGAGUGGGUACUGCCCAUAAUACCCACAUGAACCGCUGGCCCUGAUCAUAUUCUAUCGUAAGGGCUAUGAAUAUGUUUGCAUUACCAUACUUUCAACAUUCAGAUCCCGACUGCAUUAUUUUAAAACAUGUUCUACAUAGGGAUGUGAAACUGAAAAUCUACAAACGAAAAAAGGGAAAAAGGGAAAAAUAUGUCCAAUUUUAAAUGCUGAUACUUCGCUUAGUUUUCAACGGGUACUAUUGAAAAUUGUCAUGCCUUGUUUAAUCGCAGAUUUCGACCUCUGAUUGGUCACUUAAUGCUUGCUUUCCCUAACACGGUCGACAGAAUUAUAUACCUAGUGAGGACAAAAAACAUCUAAUUUGAGAGUAAAUAUUUACUUGUUCAUCAUUCCAUUUCAUCCAUAAUAUCGGAACGCCUUGACAAAAACGAGUGUAAUUUCGAUAUCAAUUCCAUGUCUCAGCACAAACUGAUUUUUUGUCUUCAACAAUAUGCAACACUCUGCAACAGCGUAAUAAAAUGUCGCGUAACUGAGUGCGGAAUCUUCUGUAAUAUGCUUCCAUAUGACACUAAAACACAUACUCGAGCCUUUAAAAUUGACAAACCCUAAUUACCCAACAAACAAUUGAAUAAAACAGCGAAUAAUUUUUAAACAACGGCAUAAAGUCUGCAUACAGGUGAAACGGAUUGCCACAACGCUCAGGUUAAUUUAUCAGCUGAACAAGCAAUAAAUUCAGGUUUAAAUAAACGCCAUUAUUUAAUUGAUGGCUGGUUACGCGCUAUUUCAAUAAAAAAAGCUGUUAGACAACAUCAAUUAAACACUGAACAAACUGGUUGAAAAAAUUCUUCAUUUUUUGGCUAAAUAAGCGCUUUUAUAAAUAAUCUAAUUCAGCUGACGACUGAACAUAGGUCGAAUAAGUAUGUAUUUCUAAGUGUUUAAUCAGCUUUUAAUCAGUCGGUUUGGGAGAACUAAAUCAGCUACUUGAUACAUUCGGCUUCCUAAAUAGCCGAACAAGAGCUUCAUGAGAAAUAACUCAACCAUUUGAACACCAUUUAUACAUGUAAGAGAGAACCAGACGGACGAGGAAUAGUUCCUACACAACAGCAGAGAGAGAGUACACAGUGUACCGCGAGAUUUCACAGCAACCACUCGAGUUUCCGAGUUGCUCCGCGAAAGCGUAAUUUUAACGGAAAUCCCAUUAAAAACAUUGUAAUCGUUCAUAAUGUUGCUUCAGUAAAUCGAUUAACUUUAUCACAUGGGGGCUCAACCGGGAUUUCCCUCAUGUUUCGAGUCGGUUUGAACGAAAACUCCGUAGUGAAUGCUAAAUUUGCAAAUGGCGGCAAUUCCCGAAGAUAAAGUGCGGCGUUUGCAGCAGUGUCUGUGUGAGGUGUUGGCAGCAGAGAGAAGUCUCCACACCAAAGAGAACAAACUGAGUGAAAUUGGGGAAGAGUCUCCACAGUGUCGCGUAUCGCCGCCGAGGCUACGCCAUUUGAGAGUGUUUUCCUGUGUUGGUGAACCGGGAAGAGUUUUGACACAACUACAGCUUGAGAUAAACGUGUCAACAUGUUUGUGCAUGAAGUGCUUACGAAGCUUACGAAUCCCCAGCUGCGUGAUUUUUGUGCCACAAAGAACUUGUCUGCCAGCGGCAAAAAAGGAAAACUAAUAAAUCGACUAUUGAGUGUUAGUGGUUGUGCAGAGGGGGUACCGGAGGAAACGGUACUCCAUUCUGCUCGAGAGAAUAUCGUAACCUCUACCCCGAGAACAAGCGACGAAGAACGUUCGAACGAUGGAAGUGAGAAUUCGCGAGAGAAUGUGCGUGGGCCGAUGUUCACCUUCAACGAUAUUGGUGACUCGUUGGACAAAUUCUCUGGAGAGCGCACAGACAAAGAUAUUCACGAUUGGCUAGAAGAGUUUCAAAACACGAGUGAGAAUUUUGGUUGGAGUGACGCACACAAGUUUGUGUACGGUCGACGCUUGCUGAAGGGUACGGCGAAGUUGUUUAUAAACAGUUCGAGUGGAUUGAAUUCUUGGGCGUCGCUGAAAGAGGCCUUAGAAAAAGAGUUCGGCACUAAAGCAUCGAGUGCGGAAAUCCACGAGCUGCUGCGCGGUAGAAAAAAGAAGCACGACGAAUCGUUGUUUCAGUACAUCUAUCAUAUGCAAAAUAUUGCCAAACGAGGCCAUAUCGAAGAAGACGCCAUCUGUGAAUACGUCGCGAACGGUGUGAAUGACGUCCCGAUAAACAAAGUUUACCUGUAUGGCGCGAAAACCAUUGAUGAUUUAAAAGACCGCGUACGGCAGUACGAAAAAAUAAUAAGCCAAAUGCGUUAACCGUCCCAUCGUGCGACGAAGAACACAAACACAAGUGAUCGUGAACGUGAGAAGAAGGAAUCAAAAUCUAGUGUGAAAGAUUCCACCCACGCAAACAGCGAGAAUUUGCGAUGUUAUAAUUGCGGUAACCGGGGUCAUUAUGCGAAUGACUGUGAGGCAAAAUCGCGCGGGCCGAAGUUCUUCGGUUGUAGUGAGUACGGACAUUUAGCAAAAAACUGUGAGCGUGAGAAAAAGAAAGCCGAAGUGAAAGCGCUCUCGGAGGGCAUGCCGGUGUUUGAGAUUCGAGUUGGCUAUUGUCUUCUGCGCACACUUUUCGACACCGGAAGUCGAUAUAAUGUACGGCGCAGUGUGAAUGCAUGAAAAGUCCCGGACGAGCCCGGUCCCGGCCCGGUCCCGGAACGGAAGCAGUGGGAAUAGCCCUUUACUGCAUCGUACGACCAUGUGCUUCACUGGGUUCGGUGCGGCAAAAACACCAGCGCGUGGUACGGUUGAGCUGGAUGUGUGUGUGGGAGCCGAAUUGUUUCCAAGGAUGACGUUUUACGUCGUCCCGCCGGAUAGUAUGCGUUACGACGCGAUUCUCGGCAUGGCCGUGCUCAAAUACAUGGAUGUAGAAGUAACCAAGCGAGGAGUUAACAUCAAAAAGAAAGUGAAUAAAAACGACGCCGUGGAAGAGAGUGAAAUAAUGCAGAUUUUAAAUGUGUGCGAGCCGGGCAUGAUCGAUGUCGACCCGAAGUAUGCUGUCGUUAUUAAGGAGAUCAUCGCCAAUUACAAACCGAAAAGAGAAGUGAUCAGUCGUGUUGAAACGAAAAUCAUCUUAACCGAUGACGAGCCGAUUCGCUCGGCUCCACGACGAUUUGCACCAAAGGAGAGAAAAGUGCUGGAAGAAACUAUUGACGAGUGGCUAAAAUCGGGAAUUGUACGCGAAAGUGUUAGUGAAUACGCAAGCCCAGUAACACUGGCACCGAAGAAAAACGGUGCGCUGCGUGUGUGUGUCGAUUACCGGCAGCUAAACCGAAAAGUAGUUAAAGAUUGUUGUCCUAUGCGAAACAUCGAGGACCAGAUUGAUAGAUUGAAAAACGCUAAAGUAUUCACUACCCUAGACUUGAAGAACUCGUUCUUCCACGUUCCAGUGGAGGCUUCCAGCCAAAAGUAUACUGGUUUUGUGACGCACAUGGGAAAGAUGUCGAAUUCGUGUUCGGUGAAAAGCAGGCUGAAAGUUUUGAGCAGUUGAAAAAGUCCCUUGUGUCGGAUCCACUGCUGAAAAUAUACGAUGCUUCUGCCGAAACCGAAGUGCACACCGAUGCGAGCAAAGAAGGCUAUGGUGCAGUGUUACUUCAGCGCGAUUCCGAUGGGAAAUUUCACCCUGUGUACUAUAUGAGUCAGAAGACGAAGAGCGCCGAGAAGAAUUACAGAACUUAUCAUCUUGAAGUGCUUGCGGUGGUGAAUGCCAUUGAACGCUUUCGAGUAUAUUUGCUCGGAAUACCGUUUAAAAUUGUAACUGACUGUGCAGCUUUCCAGCAUACGCUAAAAGGGAAGCAUCUCAGUCCGAGAGUGGCCAUAUGGGCAUUGUCUCUCGAAGAGUACGAGUUUACCGUGGAACAUCGUCCAGGCAGCCGUAUGCAGCACGUCGACGCUCUGAGUAGAGCGCCGGUCAUGGUGACAACUGGUGAUCCGCUUCUAGAGCUGAUUAAAACUGCCCAAGAUCGCGAUGAACGAGUUCGUGUGAUCUGCGAGCUGCUUAAAACAAGACCGUUCGAGGAUUAUGUACUGAUUAGUGAUAUGCUGAUGAAGGUUGUAGACGGACGCGAAGUGGUAGUCGUGCCAGCAGACCUACAAAGUGAAAUUAUCCGACGAGCACAUGAGAGUGGACAUUUCGGUGUGAAGAAGUGAGGUGAGGACAUGAUUAGGCGUGAUUACUACAUCCCGCAGCUCGGUGCCAAGAUCAAACGGCAUAUCGAAUGUUGCGUCAAGUGCAUCCUUGCAGAGCGGAAAAGAGGAAAACCUGAAGGAUUUCUUUCGCCAAUCCCAAAAGGCGAUACUCCUUCACCUAUCAUGUCGACCACGUGGGACCAAUGGACGCAACAGAGAAGCAGUACAAAUAUUUGUUUGUGGUAGUGGAUGGUUUCUCGAAGUACGUGUGGAUCUCUCCUACGAAGACUACAAAUGCGGCCGAGGUGAUUCAACGACUGCUUCAGCGAAGUGAAUUAUUCGGAAACCCCAAACGUAUCGUCAGCGACAAAGGAUCGGCCUUUACGUCUAAAGAUUUUAAGAACUAUUGCGCCGAAGAGCGAGUUGAGCACAUCGAGAUAACCACCGGAGUUUCCAGAGGAAAUGGCCAAGUAGAGCGGGUAAACCAAGUUAUCCUGGCUAUGCUGUCGAAGCUGAGCGUGAACGAUAAAACCAAGUGGUACAAACAUGUCGGCAACGAGUGUUACGCCGUUCGAAGCUCUAUUUGGUGUUCAAAUGCGACAUGAAGGCGAUAUUCGGCUGAGUGAAAUGAUAGAGGAGAUCAAGGUGACACAAUUCGAAGACCAACGGCGUGAAGUCCGGGAGAGGGCAAGAGAUGCUAUUGCGAAGGCACAAGAUGGGCAGAGAAAGGCGUACAAUCUUCGAGCAAAAGCGGCGACGGUCUACAAAGCAGGAGAUAUCGUGGUCAUCAAGCGUACUCAGUUCGGAUCUGGGAAGAAGUACGCUUCGGAGUAUCUGGGACCUUAUAAAAUAGUGGACGUCAAAGCAAACGAUCGUUACGGAGUUGCAAAGGUGAGCGGUGAGGGUCCGCAUCGAACGUCGACUGCUGCGAGCCAUAUGAAGAGAUACCGGGUCUGGAGUCCAGAUCCGUCUCAGGAUGACCGAGAUGUUAGAGAGAACCAGACGGACGAGGAAUAGUUCCUACACAACAGCAGAGAGAGAGUACACAGUGUACCGCGAGAUUUCACAGCAACCACUCGAGUUUCCGAGUUGCUCCGCGAAAGCGUAAUUUUAACGGAAAUCCCAUUAAAAACAUUGUAAUCGUUCAUGAUAUUGCUUCAAUAAAUCGAUUAACUUUAUCACAUACAUGCUGUUCGAUUCUGUAGAAGCGAUUUUUCAUUCUUUGUACAGCUUAUAGAAAAACUCUUUUACAGCCAACAGUAGCUGGCUUACAGUCGAGAGCAAUUCCACAAAAAGAACGGGCAACCAAUUUGAUCGACCAUUUUUGAUUUGGCUGAAACAUUGCAUAGAUUUUUCUACAGGCAAGAGAUGCCAUUUUGUGCUAUUUGUUUAAUUUUUUGGAACACAUCUCAUUUUUGAGAAGCUAUUGAAAAAUGCUAUUUUGGGCAGGUAUUGAUGAUUACAAAUAUUUUUAGUGCUAAAACUGUUUUUUUUAUCGAUAUGACGCCUUCGGCAAAGUUGUAGAUAAUAAUUCUGUCUUUCCGAAAAAAAUAUACACUUUUAAAAGAAUAUUUUUUUUGUGAAAGAAAGUUGAAAUAAAAAUUAAAAACAACUUUCUAAAAAAGCUCAUCUUUUAAAAAUCAAAUCGACUGAUGACACAUUAUUUGAUCUAUGUUCAGCCGUCAGCUGAAUAAGAUUAAUUAUAAAAGUGCUUAUUUAGCCAAAAAAUGUUUCUAGGGUAUGCAAACACUGUAUCAUUGAAAAUGGUUGAGUCUUGAAAAACGCAUAUUUCAAUUUGAUUAGUCGUUUAAUGCCAACUUUCCCUAAAACGGUUGACAGAAUAUUAAACUUAGCUAGUCACGCUCGUUUUGGUUCAUCUAAGAGCCGGCUUUUACUCAAACUAAUCAGUUUACUACUGGAUGGCCAUUGGAACGGUCCUAACUAAGCAGCAGCAGCAGGACUAACAGCAGCAGUUGUGGUAGCUGUGUCAACCGUAUUUAUUCCUGUAGUAAUUAACAGAGGGGUUGUGUGCAAAGCCACGACCGUAAGGUUGAUGUAAAUACCCUUCAAUUUACUCAAAACAUCCGAAAAAAAAAUCACAAAAAUUCAAUAAUUUUCAACCGUCCAGAGUAGGGUCCCCCUUUAAAGCUUACUUCCAGGAAUAAAAUCCCAAAUCUCGAUGUAUUGCUCGAUGUAUUGCUGUAUAAUUUCUCAGAGGCGAAUGCUAAAUCAGGCAUUCUUUAUCCUGUUAAGUUUUAUUGAUUUAAAUUACUAAGCAUGACAUCGAAAAGUUAUGAAUUAUAAAUUAUUGGGCCGUGUUAAAUAAGUUUCAUAGGAAUCAUCGAUUCUCAAUUUUGGCUAAUACACUUAUUUAAGGAUAAAUCGACUUUGAAUCAGGAUUGUAAAUUUUCCCUGUCAGCCAUAGAUUGUCAGUUAAAACUGAAAACUGUUUUGACAUUGAUAACUUUUACAAGCAGCAUUACUGUGAUUUCGCACACACUGCGUUACUUUAGUUUCGGUAUUGUUUAGGACAUCUUAUUUAUUUCAGUCACAAAAUUAUCUUUGGCACUCAAUAUCAGUUUCAACUUUAAGUAUAAAUAAAAAUGCUGUUUUAUAAUUUUCGUUUCGUAGUUUCCGAAAUUCCAAAUUCAAAAGUUUUCUAAACAAUCUCAUACCUUGAUUUCUAAACUAUUUUUUCCGAUUUUGACUACUAAUCUUCUUGGCUUAGGUUAAUUAAAUGUUGUUUCAAUGUGUCUUUGCCAUAUAUUUUUACAAUUAAGUUCAGAUUGAAGGCUUUUUGGAGAUGAAAAAUAAUUGUAUAAAUUUUUAUUGACCAAGUUCCAAUUAGUGAAGCACCUCUUAUCGCAAAUAUAUUUUUUUCUACUUUCCUAAUUUCGUAUUGGAACAGUUUUGAAAGAGAGUUUUGAAAUUUUCAAUAUACAACUAGAAAAGGCUAAUAAUUUGAGCAGUAUGCUAACAAUUUGAAAAAAUCCAAUGCUAACAGUCAGUUAUUUUCAGGUCGUAAAUGAAUUCAAUUUGCUGCUUUCGCAAUUCAAAAAAAUAUAGGAGACGAGUCGACAAAACAGUUUACUGAAAGUGGAGGAAAUUUUAAAAAACUUUUCGGUUCAGCCAUUUUAGCCUGUAGGUGGUGAAAUUUUCAGGAUGGAUUUUUUUUUUGUUCGCGAGGCCUAACCAUGUAUAAAAAUUAAUCAAGAUAAUUCCCUUGGUCGAGGUAGGUUCAGUGAUUCCAGUAAUAUGAUUGAUGAUUAUUGCUAAUUGCAUGAAUAAAUAGUCAGAAUUGCAGGUGCUGUUACAGCACGUGAUUAGCACCAGAUAAUGCCGCCAUCGAGAUAGAUUUAUGACACGUAAUAGUUUUCGAUAUCGGUGCAGCAUUUUAUCGGGAAAAUAAAUCAAACCAAAACCGCGAAUCAUUUAUCGAAACAACUGAUCGCACAUGAUUUUUUGAUUCGCUUUUUGUGAGUAAAACCAUUUCAACAAAUCAAAUGUUUAGCUUCAGAUUGUAAAAACAAUGCAAAUCAAAUUGUUCACAGGAUUACUUAAUCACAGAGAUACAAAGUAUCAAUAACGUUCUCUGAAUACUGUAUACUGAGCUCACACUGAUUCGAUCUAAUGGAUACUCUAACAUAGCAGUUUACGUUGUGCAAACGUUGGCGAAUGCUACAAUUUGUAGAGCACAAAUUGAUACAUAGAUAUUUUAAACAGAUUAUAGUCACAAUCACGAAGCCACGAUGCAACAGAAUCAAUAGACACAUGUACCGGUGUGUAAUUAAACCUCAUGCGUCCUCGCGCUCCAGUUCACAUCUGUUUGCUUGGUUUUUGAUCCUUUUAGACCUUCCAGUCGUUUUUGAACACGAUAUACGUAUUCUAAUGGCUAUUUAUUUUAUCUAGUCUUUAAAGUUUAGAAACGGGCCUAAAUUAAGGAAAUUUUACCCUACACCAACGAUAGACAUUGAAAAUUGAUCAAUUCGAUUCAAUUUGUUUCAAGUGCCCACAGCAGUGCACAUGAUUUUCGUUAGAAUAAACCAUUCAAACAUUGAUCUUAUUAUUUCACUGCAAAUUUAUAUACUAACAACGAUUCUAUAUUGCACGUUUUAUCAGCUGUAUGACUUUCGUCCCAACAGAAGCAAAUGGUGGUACCUGAAAUGUAGUCUGGAAAUAAAAGAAAAAUAAUAAAAUAAACAAAGCACCGAGCUUACAGUUUCCAUUUCCAAGCUUGUAGCUAUAGAUCGGAUGAACGAAAAAGAAUGCGGUACACAGAGUGAGUUGGGGUAAAUCGGUGCAAAGCACCGCUUUGUUGUCAUAUUUGUUAUUUUAUGUAGUUCACCAAUGACGUAAGACCACCAUCAUAAACGUAAAUCUACCUCAUUUCAGUUAGACAUUUAGUUUUGAAUCCCACUGACAGUUACCUAGUUUAAUGAAAAAUAAAACACACGAAGUUCCACUACCGAAAAAAUACUCUGGUUUAAGUUGAAACUUUAACAAAUACGCUUAUUAAGUUCCACAUAAGAUUUCAAUUUGUUUCUACUAUCUAGACAGCUGCCUUUGCAAAAAUUUACCUCCAGAGAAUGACAAAGCGAGAAUGAUUCCCGAUGAGUGUGUUAAAGUUUUUUUUCUAAUUUGAAUCGGAUAGCACAAGUUAAAAUCGUGUUUGAAAUCAAAAGUGUACAUUUUUACUGUUAAUCUUUAAGCAUCAAUUAAAAUGUAGAAUAAAACAGAGACACUAUUAGUUUUGAGUGAUAAGCAAGUGUAAAUAAUGAAAAGUGCAUAUUUCUGUACUCAUUUGAAAGGUAAA